AUGUCUCCUACAUUGAACAUCACCCACAUUGGCACCGCCACCGCCAUUCUCGAAAUCAACGGAUUCAACAUGCUCACUGAUCCUUUCUUCUCACCCGCUGGAUCUACGUGGCCAAUCAACGACAAUGUUUCCCUUACUGUGGAAGACGAUCCUGCUCUUCGUCUAGAGCAACUCCCUGUCAUUGAUGCUGUACUUCUGAGUCACGAAGAUCACCCCGACAAUCUCGACGAGCUGGGCCGGCGCCUUCUGGAUGGCCGCCGCGUCUUCACCACCGUUGAUGGAGCCAAGAACCUGUCUCCCCGGCCCGCGGUUCAUGGCUUAAAGCCCUGGGAAAAAAUAGACACUGUCAUCGCCGGACAGAAACUCCAGAUCAUUGGCACUCCAACACAGCAUUUGCCUGGUGGUGAAUGCACUGGCUUCAUCAUCACAGGAGAAGGAUUCGGAACUGGUCGCGACGGUCUUCCCAACGCAAUCUGGUUCUCAGGCGACACUGUGUACAUCGACGAGUUGAAGAAGAUGGCGGACGAGUAUCAUAUUUGCGCUGCCGUCCUCAACCUAGGCAACGCACAUGCCCUGCCAAUCUUGAGGACCCUAGUGGUGGAAUGA